AUGAUUAAUGGAUUGGUAACCAAGUGGAACCGGCGACUGAAAGAAGAUGAGUAUUUGCGAGCGUUGGAGCUAUCCAAGCUGGAGCAGUAUGAGGUUUUAAGGGGUUCGCACACUAACGGAGUGAUUAAUAAGACAGGUGGGGCACGAACAAUAGGUUAUGGUGUGUUGAUUUUGAUUGUGGUUAAUAAGAUUAUUGCGGAUGGUGUUGAGAGCAUUCCUGCGUGUUGGCAGUCUAUUGGAUUUAUUCCGAUGAUUGUAUCUUUGUGCUUCGUCGUGUGUGUGUCCGCCGUAUCUGUGCUGUUGAUGACCAAGUCGAUGGCGUUGAUCCCCGGGAAUCAGGAUUUAAGCCAUCGUUACGAAUAUAUGAACGUCGUCGACUUCUUUCUUUCACCUGUACAGAAGAUCUUGGUCAGGUUUUGCUUCAUUUACGUGCUACUAUACUCCACCCUCGAUCUUAAGGCCGUCACUGACACCGUCGAUGCUCUCCUCUUUGUACCUCUUUUCGGCCGUCGAGUUAUCAUCAACUUUAUAUGGUCCUCUUGGUGGCGGUCCUCCUGGUGGCGGUCCUCCUGGUGGCGGUCCACUACUACCACGGGAGGACUAUUUCAAUAUAAUACUUACGACCCUCAAGACACCUACUCCGACGGGAUCAUCAAUUACAUGAAAAUGUCAGACAGUCUUUCCAUUUGGGACAGAAUACGACUACCAAACUACGUCAGCGAAAUGCUUUCCUACCUCCCAGGAGAAAAAUUUGACACAUUGGGAUACAAUAUAUCGCCAUCCUACGUCUUCUUAUUGAGCUUUAUUGUUUUCUUAUCACAGUACAACUUGGAAGAGAAUCAAUGGAUCAGCGUCGCUGCAUUCUCAGUAUCCGCUACCAUUUGGCCUCUAGUUUUCAUCAUAAGCUUAUUCAAAGUUGUUUCCAGCUAUGCCACGCUCGUAACGGUCUUCAAGCGGCUACAAGACGUAUUUCUCCAACCAAACUCGUGGGCGCGCAUUAAAAAUGCGCUAACAAACACGUUUGCAAACACGUUUGCAAACACGUUUGCAAAUCCGUUUACUGAUUCCUUGACGAAUACCUUUGCGAAAAUGAAGGAUGAUCAGUCACUAUCGCGAUAUUUAUUAGUAUUUAAGCCGUGGAAGUAUUUAUCUUGGCGCGCAUUGGCGUGGAGAUCGAGUUCGACCCGACUGCGAAGGAUUUUCCAGACCUUUCUUACAACACAAGUCGCUGUAAAGAUGUCUCAUGAGAACCAGCUGUCUCUGUGCAACUCGCUGACGCAUGUGAUAAGCGAGGUGCCUGGAGUAAAUAAUUGGGUGGACCUGGAUGUUAGCAAGAUAGUGUCUUUGUACCAUGAGCUGGGAUCAGGGCCGGCCGGCGGUCUAGUAUCGGCCAGCGGUCUGGGAUCGGCCAGCGGUCUAGGAUCGGCCGAAGGUUUCGAGUUAGUACCGGGGUUGCCCUCUCAGUUUGGGGACGUGUCGCCCGUUAAGCCCGGGACCGGCAGUGUGUUGGGAUCAUUUCGAGAGUUCCCGGUAGCUCUUUUGGAUCCGCAUUACGCUGGGAUAUGCGGCCGUUGUUUCAGUGACCUAUGUUUCGAUACUGUGUGGGAGAGCGACUUGCUGCAGUGCCCGGGCGCGGCGAAGCUCAAGACAUUGGAAGCACUGCAGGUGUCUGAGGUUAUUCUCAACGGAUACACGAUGCUGUUUGAGCAGGACCCGGCCUUACCGCGCCUCUACGGAGUCGAUGGAGGCUGGGUCUCCGUUCUAACGGUCCUUGCCAAAGUUUUCACCUUGACUGAAAUCAUUCCUUCAAUCUCUAAUGAAGUACGGAAAGAGGUCAACCUUACCAACACUUGCUGGUGGGCCAUCAUGCUCUCUGCGGUCGUCACCUCCAUCUUCACCCUCAUUAUCGCAGCAGGCUUCCCCAAGACAUAUACAAUACACCCGGUCGCAAUCGUCCUCGAUAGAGUGUUCCCUCAGUCCAUCGGAAACCUUCUCGUACUUACAUAUAACAUUCUCACUGGCAUACCAAGUAAGCACCAAAACAAUGGGACUGACUGGUGA